AUGGACCAGGGACCAAUCGAUGCCGGGCCAAGUACGGAUGGAGACUACGACCCGACAGGCUCAGACUAUGACACUGAAAGACGAAGAUCUGAGCCCAAGAAUGUCGGGAAGAGAUUGGCCACUGCCGCCAACGCCUCUGAUGCCCGCAGUGCCUCCCUCGGUGGUCUCCUCAGAACAGCUAGACCGGAGCCGGCCAGAUCAUCGUCUCGCACUCAAAAUGACGAUAACAACAGCGUCGAAGACGGUCUUGUCCAAUCUGCAAGUCAUCCCUCCUCAAUCCUGGACCCACCGACCUACCCCGGAGUCGGCGCCACCGCCUCAGAAGUCGCCGGUGAAGUCCGCUCCGAGGACGACGACGCCCACCUAAAAGAAGACCCCAACGAAGUCCAACAACUCCACGACCAAGACGCCCGCCCGCAUCGCAUGUAUAAGUUCACGCUCUACGAGACGAACGUCCGAUACUGGAUCACAGGAGCCGACAUCACCGACCAGAAUUUCCGCCUCUUGCGAAUCGACCGUAAUAGUGCUCCGGGACAGAUCGCGCUGUUCGAGGACGAGACGGUGUAUGAUCGGAGACAGAUGCACGAUGUCCUCAAUGCGAUUGAUCAGGGGAAUAAGCCGAAUGGAGGGUUGCGGAUGAAGUUUAGCUUUUGGGGACUGCUUGGGUUUAUCAGGUUUACCGAGGCGUAUUAUAUGCUUAUUAUUACGAAGAGGAAGCAGGUGGCUAUGAUUGGAGGGCAUUAUGUUUAUCAGGUUGAAGGGACGGAGUUGGUGCCGCUUACGACUGGUGCGAGCAGCUCGUUCAUGCGCGAUCGGAAUGCGGAGGAGGCAAGGUUUCUGGGGAUCUUGAAUAAUCUGGAUCUGACGAAGAGCUUCUACUUCAGUUAUGCUUACGACAUCACGAGCUCGCUGCAGAGGAACAUCAUUCGAGCACGGCAGGCGUUGAACGAUGGGCUGAAAGUUGCGGCGAACGACUACAAUGCCAUGUUCGUCUGGAAUCACCAUCUGCUGAAACCGGCAGUGCAAGCCUUGAAGCAUCCUUUCGACUGGUGUUUGCCGAUUAUACAUGGAUUUCUGGACCAAGCGGCGCUGGACAUUUUCGGGCGAACGGUGUAUGUCACAAUUAUUGGACGACGGUCACGCCAUUUCGCCGGUGCUCGAUUCUUGAAGCGUGGUGUGAACGACAUGGGAUAUGUGGCCAACGAUGUCGAGACUGAGCAGAUUGUUGCAGAGAAGUUGAGCACUUCUUUCCAUGCUCCAGGUCCGAGACUGUUCGCCAAUCCGAACUAUACAUCGUAUCUGCAUCACAGAGGCAGCAUACCGCUGUACUGGACGCAAGACAAUAGCGGUGUGACACCAAAGCCAGGUAUUGACAUCAACUUGAGCGAUCCGUUCUAUCAGCCCGCGGCGCAGCAUUUCGACAAUCUCUUUGAGCGGUAUGGGUGCCCGGUGUAUGUCCUCAAUCUGAUCAAGUCGAGAGAGAAAGUGCCAAGAGAGUCGAAGUUGCUGCAUGAAUUCCAAGGCUGCAUCAAUUAUCUCAAUCAAAGCUUGCCUGAGGACAAGAAGAUCUUGUACAAGGCGUACGAUAUGUCGAGGGCGGCGAAGACGAGGAACAGCGAUGUUAUUGGCGGGCUGGAAGUGAUUGCAAAGGACAUCUUGGAGAGGACCGGACUGUUUCACAAUGGCGAAGAAGGAUUGCAGGAGCCGCAAGUGCAGAAUGGUAUCGCCAGGACGAAUUGUAUCGACUGUCUGGAUAGGACAAACGCUGCGCAAUUCGUCAUCGGAAAGCACGCAUUUGCUCAGCAGCUGAAGAUUCUGGGUGUCAUCACCAAGUCGGAAUUGGCGUACGAUACUGACGCAGUCAACCUCUUUACGGCAAUGUUCCACGACCAUGGUGAUAACAUCGCCAUGCAAUACGGAGGAUCGCACCUGGUCAAUACCAUGGCUACCUACCGCAAACUCAGUCACUGGCAGAGUUCCUCUCGAGACAUGGUGGAGAGCUUCAAGCGGUACUACCACAAUUCUUUUCUCGAUUCACAGCGACAAGAGGCAUACAACCUCUUCCUUGGCAACUACAUCUGGGCCCAGGGAGCGCCUAUGCUUUGGGAUCUGGCUACGGACUACUACCUACACCAUAGCGAUCCUCGAGCCUGGCUGCAACGAAAUCGGCGGAAUUACAUACAUUGGUUCACGCCGGAGCAUCUGCAACCGCGGAGCUUGCCUCUUCGGCUGACCAGUUCUGCAGAUCAUCCUUCUCCGGAACCUAUUGCUGCUCUUGAUGAUUAUUGGCGAGAGUGCUAUCGUCCGACAACCCUCUCUUCUCUGGCAAAAGUCUACUCCUACCGCAUGACCUCCACACAGCGCUACCUCCCGGAACGACCAUACGGCGACAAUAAAUACGACUUCUCGCCCUUUGUUCGGCGAAACGACCCCCACAAACACAGCACCUCCCAAUCCUCAAACCACCUCAACGAAGCCGAAGACGAAAAGAAACCAAUCCGCAAAGGCAAACACAGCAUUCUGAGAGACAGCCGCCACUCCCACCAUGCCUCCAUAUCCUCGCUCUCCGCCUCAAACCCUCCCACCAACACCACCAAUUCCACCACCCUCAACAACAACAACAGCAUGACAAACUCCACCUUCAAACCCGCCGACAAAUCCAUCAUGCACCUCUGGACCCUCAACCAAUUCCACACGCAAUCCCUCAACCCGCACGUCUCCGAAUCCGAAGCCGCCGAAUACGCACAUUACAUCUCCCAUCCCCUCCACCUGCCCCUCGUCAUCUCCAAUUCUUCCGAAAUCGCGCCCGACGGAGGAAACAAAAACAGAGACUUAGUCGAGUAUAUCCGUAAGUCGACCGACGAGGAGGAUGAUGGGGUAGACGAUGAGGAUCUGAGGGAUUACGAGGCGUUUCUGGCGCCGAGGACGGAUGCACUGACGGUUACGGAGGAGGACGGGGCGAAGAAGAGGUAUAAGGCGUAUCGGCAGUGGUUGAUGAGGGGCAAGAGUUUGUUCAAGCAGAGUAAAGUUGAUCCGGAGUUUAGUGCUGGGGUGUGA